AUGUCUGACCAGGAGCAGGAACGAACUGAGGUCAAGCCGGAGUCGCAGCACAUUGCGCUCAAGAUCCAGGGCUCGGGCUUCCCGGAGCUUGUCAUCAAGGUCAAGAGGACCACCAAGCUCUCGAAGAUGAUGAACGCCUACUGCGACCGUGCCGGCAAAUCGCUGAGCGAGGUCCGCUUCAUGUUCGAGGGCGACAAGUUGAGGCCGGAGCAGUUGGUGCAGGACCUCGACUUUGACGACGAGGACUUCAACGAGGAGAACCCUCUCGUCAUCGACGUUGCGCAGGAGGCGGUCGGCGGCUCGCUCUGA